AUGUCAGUGAAGGGCCAGACACAACGACCCAGUUUCGUAGACGGCAGCAUUUCCGAACAGCAGACCUUUAUCGACUCGGACGGGGAAUCGAUGUCAAGGCGACGAAGUCCAAAUGCAAUCGACAGCGGAUCAGAGGCCUACCUCUAUUCGGAUUCUGAAUUGCUGGGAACCUGGGGCUCUAAGAACCGGAAAGCUAACACUUCCACCGGAACGGCAGUCACAAAUACCAGCGUGACGUUGUCAGCAGCUGCGUCAACCAGCGAUGGCUCUAACGGGCAAGUUGGAAAGACCUCUGGGCCCUCCUCCACCUCCUACGCCUCACUGCCGUCCUACGUGAGCUCUCUUCUAACCGGUUCCACUUCGUCAACCGCUGGCAGUGGCAUGCAAAUGGCCGCGCGCUCUAAAGGGACGCCUACUAUUGCGAACUUCUCCGCAGUGACUACCCCCACCACCACUGCAAGUGCCACUUUUGGUGGGGCCGCGAAUGUGUCGGACGGCACCCAAUCAUUUUUAAAGCAGACUGGUCAGCGUUCGGUCAAGGAAACCUCACAAGUCAGACGAAAGCAGUAGCUUUGCAAGGAAAUAGGUAUGUUUCCUUCAUAAGUAACUCCAAAAACACGCCUGCCUACAUUUAAUCAGAAGACGAUGCUGUAUCACGGCCGUUUCUAUACAGGAUGGUACAGUAGACGUGCUAACUCGUGAAAUAUUAACCGAAAUUUUUAAACGUGUUUUCGAAUCGAACAAAUUACUCAGGUAGGGUUGUAAUAUUAAUCACCCUGCGACAUAAUCACAUGGUAAUUCAGUAACUACAGGAUGUCGGCCAAUGAACGAACUUCUUUCCGGCCACCUGCAAAAACAACUCUGCAAAGAAUGUCUACUUAAUAAGCAUGCAUUUUCCUCAUUGACUUUCGAUGCCCUUAUAAAUUGAAAUAGAUUUCAUGGAAAACAUGCGUAAAAAUAUUCAUUUUUACCCGUUUGGUAGAUACUUACGUCUUCCAAAAAUUUCGUAUUGGAAGGAGGAGUAUAAAACUCUUUUCAAUUCCCGAAUAAUUUUGAACCCGACCUGCUGUUACACCUGCAUUUAGAAUUUCAAGCUACAAGAAGUAAAUUAAACAAUUCUAUUUGAUAAUAAGAGGGACCAUAUGGGAUUCAUAAAAUUUAACAGUGGAUAUGAACCAUACUGUAUACCUUAGAAGCAGCAUUAGUAAGUGCAGAGGCACGAUGUUUUAUGAACGGACAUUUUAUCGUCUUGAAAAUCUCAUAAUUAGAAAAUGUUUAAAACCUAAUAAUAGCCUUCCUUCAAAUAUAAAGUCUGGAGAAGAUGUAAUUUUCUGUCAAAUGAGCAGAAAAAUGAAUAAACGUAAGUUUUAUAAUACAGGCGGGGCGAGAGCGGAAGGAUAUGAAAAGUGGCAUCUGGUUAGUCAACCUUUGACCAAUAAGCGCGCAGCCUGAAAGAUGUUUUCUGGAGGCACAGGGCCGGUUUUCGUAACCUGAUUGCGGCCGCUUCCGCUGUUGACGACAGAAGCUGGCCUUAGAGCUAAGCAUAGCUCGUGGGGACUUUAAAAAUCACACGAAAUGCUUCAGCGGGGGCCACACGAUUCCACGAAUUAACUGCUUGCGCAAGAAUAGCGCUGCCUACGCUCCUAGCUUCGCCUUUUCCCAGCCGUGUUGGGGAGUAUUCUCGUAUUUUUUUGGUUGACGCCGACUCGUAGGACCAAUAUAACCUGCUCUUGGGGAGAAAAUGAAGGAAUAGAUGCACAUCGAGUUUGUCUGAGAUGUAAACCAAUCCUCAUCUUCUCCACAUUAACUAGGGUUUGUAGUGAAUAAUAUUUGAGCCCUUGCUGCUGGAAAGGUUCUUGAGGCAGCUUGAUCAUGGCGCCUUCUUAGGAGCCCGCUCACAGCAUUUUUCUAAAAAGCGUUAGGUGGUUUCACUAUGCGAAGACAAUCACUUAGAGCGUACCUUCCUUUUGGCGAUCAAAUUUAAAUUGUUGUCGUAUAAUGCGUACUAAGCAAAUUGCUCAAUGCUGACGCAUAAGAGCGCUUUUUCUGGAAGGUGAUUGAAGUAAAUAGCCUAACGUCGGUUAUAUGACAUUUAUUUCUCGAAAAACGAAAUCUGAGUGACCUUUUUUACACUGCUUUUGUUGUGCCUCGCAGAGCGGAAAUUAGGCUAUGUAUGAUGGUGCAAGCAUAGUUCUCGGAACAUAUUCGAAUGCAUACCCUCAUGCAUAGUAGGUGAUGUAUCUAACGAAAAGCUAAUCAAAAUUCUGAUAUGAUUCCGACUAUAAAGAAUUACUUAGGCGGAGAUGCAAUGUUGAGCCCAUAAAACAUAAUUCUAAGACGCCUGAAUAUCGCUUUUCCAAUUCGUACUUGUCCGGCCCCCAGCCAACACCACACUACCUAACAAUGACUACAAAAAUUGAACAAAUGCGUUUUAGCGAUUUCUUCGUACUCUUAUACAUCGGACUCUGUAUGCGUUCCUUUAAAGAAAGCUCAAAAAUUCCCCUAUUCUACUAGACUCUCGUAUGAAACUCAUAAAAUUGUACAAUGGACAAGUUUAUACGUCAUGAGCCAUAGACGUAGCAUAAAUGAACAAACAUGCGUGGCGAUAGUUGAAUAAUAAUUUUAGGUUCCCAAAAGUGUUUAAUCAGCGCCAUUUUUAGAUUUGCAUCUGCGCUCGUUUCUAGGAGAUGAUUUGAAAAUAACAUAAUGUCUUACGGAAUGAGUGCGAUAAAAUACAUUUCCGUGCUCGCCUUCCAUAAAGUUAAUCUGGAUUUAAAAGAACAUCGAAAAUGAGGGGAAAAAUGCACACUACUUAAGUUCUCAUUUGUUAAUGAGUGGAAUUUUUUAGGCAAGGUGCGCAUUUGAAAGCGCGAAUAAAAUAUAUUGCGUAAUAACCAAAAUUACAAGGCGACCUAAAUAAUAUUCUGUGACCGAGAUCAUAUUUCAAUUGAUGUUUCAUGCCCAUCUUCUUCUAAGCAAUGAAGCCUGAUUAUCGUUCUUCAUACUUUGUCACGCCUGGCCGUCGAUGGUUUCGAAUUACCGAACUACGGAUUUGGCAUUCGGUGCCAUUGGGAGUGAGGCUCCUUACAGUCAGAGAAUUGAAGAUAGGUGUAGAAGCCAGGGUAUAUGUUGUACAUCGGGCCAUCAAUGAAGAAAGGAAGAACAGGCGGUCCCCGAAUUUUGACGGCACACAAGGGGUUGGCCGGGUGGCGUGAGAGUGUAUCGGAACGAACAUCGGAACACAUACAAUUAAUGACUGAUAUCAUGGAAUGUUGACCGAAAUUCGGUCAGAUCGCAGUUGGUAGCCUGGGAUGUGCAAGCUGACUGGUAGGUCCCUGUCUGACGGGACCGGUGGUAAAGGAGGUUUCAUGGGUGGGGUAAAUGGAUGGCGGCGUAGGAGGUUAAAAUUAAAUAAAUCAAAAGGUAAUGUUUUCAAGAGUAAACAGUGAAAUCUUUCUGAGGUGAAAUAACGGGGAAAAUUUAAGCAGAAGCCCGUCAUAUUUAGCGCGGCCUGCGAAAGGUCACCUCGGUUUAAAAGAUAUAGGACUAGCUGACAAUGCUGCCCUAUUAACCAAUAGCAGGUACGUAUCGAAGGCCAAGGUCAUUCCGCAAAAGGUGCCCCAGAAAAUUUGACGCGUGAGGACCAGUGCUCGUGAACUGUCAGCGGACUGGACAGUGAAGUCCAAGAACAGUAAGUGUAAACGUGGAUUACGUAAGAGGCGCGUGAGUAAGCCGCAUUGGGUACGCUGUGACGAUCGGUUUGCACACAGUAGUCAUUAUUUUGCUGACUAUUUAUUAUAUGGUUGCCGCUUGUAAAACGCAAGCAGCCGAGAAGGCACGAAACGCUGCCCCAUUAAUUAAUAAACCAUCAGAGAUCGCACAGAUCCUUGCUAUUAUCCAGUCGCCAAAACCUAGUGGAAUAUCUGCAAGCGAAAGGAGUGCUCGCUUCGGAAGUCAGGGACCGAUACCGAGAACCCAUGCGAAUGCGAAAAUUGCGUCAACGCACGGACAGAGUUGUCUUCAGGUAUGCGAAAAUAGUAUUAUAAUGAAGUUUUAACGUGUAACAGAUGUGAAGGCGUGGGAAAGAUUCCUGUCCCAUGUUGCGCAAGCACAUCCGGUCCCCGAAAGCGGCCACGUAACUGAAAAAUACAGCAGUUGACGGUAAGGUAAGCAAGAAAAUGUAAACGAUAUCCUACGCAUAGAGCGAUAUGAACACAAUAACGAAUCAAACACGUUGAUGGCAAACUAACAGCAAGGCCAAGGAAAUGGUGCCAGUGAAAACCAAUGCAGCCAGAGAAGUUUAUGCUGUAUUCAAACUUUUCACUGCAAUACUGAACUCCUUUCACAACCUCUCAAUGUUUCUCCCCUUUUUUCCAUAAUCCCAGCCGUAAUGCGCCAACCAGGAAUGAAUAUGCUGUGUUCGAGGGGAAUGAAGAGAAACCGAACUGGUCCCUCACUGCAAUCGUUGUCCAAUCAUGAUGCUAGCCCUAAGUACGCACGCCUUCAGGCCGUGUAACGGUAAAGAUGAAGCUAAAAGCUAACCAUACUGAUCGCCGCACACCCGCCAACCCGCGGAACUCUGAAGCAAGCGAAAUCCGUCGAAUAGCUGCCGUAGAAGGUUUUUAACGCAAAACCCGACCGCAAACGCAAACGGAAAGCGACUUAGGAAGACCACACAGGAAGCCAACAGCCUGGUUUGACGCCUAUACCGAAAAUAGGGGAGCCAUCGGAAGCCGCCGGGAGGUGGGGGCGGGGUGAGGUAGUGUGCGAGGCAGCAGAUGGAGAAUGAUCCGAAGGUGACCAGCGCAAAUAGUAAACCGCAGUCGCAAGUAGAAACAGAAUGUCCACUGACCGUGCAGGACUGCACCCAUGCAGGGCGCUCAACGCCUACGCGCCUGGCCAACCCACACGAAAACCACGCAAAAUACGGCGUGGGAGGUCGCAGUGGAGGCCGAAAACCGCGUCUACAAUGCAGGCUAUUUCUUCCUUGUUGGUGGAGCGACAAUAGCCGUGAUAGAUUCCGACGUCAGCUAGCUAAAAGGCGAAUAAGUAGUCAAAGCUGGAGGACCCACCCGUAGUACCGUGGCACGCCGGCUGAACGGCCGUAUGAGCGGAAAUGCAAACAUGAGCAAGGACAUGAAGGACUUUGCAGCAUAACCGCCUGUCCGUCGUCCAAGUCUAAGCUGUACGUAUAUGCGGGGGGGUAUGGCAACGGUUAAACAACAACAGACAAGGUUCCCGAAAGCGAGGUCGAAUGCGUUACACCCCCGCCUGACCGACACGGGUGAACUACGUAACUUAAUUUAAACAUGCCUACUGAUAGGAAGCAAGUAAGUCAAAAAUGUUGACUCGUAAUCCCAGGCUACGGACGGCGAUCUCACUCGAAAUUCUAUAAUGCGUUUUUGACUAGGAAGAAUUACUUAAAUGGGGUUUUAAUAUUGAUUUUCAUGCGGCAUAAUAUUAUUGUAUUUCGGACUAGCCAGGAUGUCGGCUUCUGAAUGCGUUUCUUUUCGAACUCCUCUAGAAACCGCACUAGAUAAAAAGUGGCUAUUUAUGUAACCUGAAUUUUUAACAAAGAAUAUUUAUAGUCUUAUAAAUACAAAAAUAAUUUAUGGAAAGCGCACACACUAGACACUGGGCAUAAAUUCGCAUGGGAGAACACUCGCAUUGUUGGCGCCUGCCAAACAAGAAAAAGCCGCGAAUUCCUGGAGGCAAUGCACUCAGAUGAGGCAUGCAUCAACCGGCAUAUCGAUUUAGAUGCCACAUACAAAAUCUUUAAGGACAGAUUCAAACUGAGUCAGCCAAUCCCGAGAUGACAACCUUAACCAAUCAUGGACUCCUUUUGCUAGACUCAGUCUAAAAGUUAAUUGUUUUUGCAUACCCGUUGUCUGAAGACGAGCCGGGGAACCAGUCUCGAAAAUUCACAAUAAAAUUUUGCUGUUUCCCAAAGAACUUCACCUUCCUAAUUUUAUUUCUUGGGAUGCCUGUUUUUCAAAACUAUGCUUAUAUUUACUCGUUUGGCAGAAAGUAAAGUCUUUAAACUAUAUGCACGAAGAAAGGCCAUAUUCCGGUUUGGAGAAGUUUCCCAACUCCCAAAUAAUUUUGAUUCUGGUCAGCCGUUGCAUUAGCUUUAUACGAUUUGCGUCUACAAGGCGCACGCUUUUCGCGUAAGUAAAUUUAUAUGUUCCACUAUUCCUUUAAGAAGAUACCACAGAGAGUUCUUUUAAUUUUGCGAUACUUGUAGACAGGAACAUACUUCAUGAGGAGCAGUGGUAAACAGACAGGUGCGGUACUGCAUGAUGAAUUGACAGUGGAGACUAAAAAAAGCUAGAAAUAAGAAACUUUUCUAACCCGAAAGAUAACAUUUCAUUGUGUAAUAAAUGUGACGACAACGUGAUUCUAUACCAAACGAGUAAAAGAAAGCAUAAUUUUGUGCGUGUUUUCUAUAAAAGUAUUUGGAUUAAGAAAACGAAGAUGCGAUCACUGGAACAAGAAAUUUUUUGGCCUGACGUUUCGGAUUCUCACUCGAAUCCAUCAUCAGAGACAUUCGCAUAUAAAGCUGAUGGUGGCACAGCGAAGGCAGUAUUUAUAGCACGUGGCUGCCAUGGGACCAUGUGCGCAUUGUAAUUAGCAGCUCUCGCAAUCAGCGCGGGGGUUGUAAUCGAUGCGUUGGUGGCUUCUCAGUCCGAGUCCGAGUCGCUAAUUGCCGUGGUUUCGUCAUCCGUGCUGGAUGCUGGUACGACGAUUGCUCAGCAAAUUGGCUCACUGUCACUGGGAUAACUGCUGGCCCGCGGCCUCCUCACGUGACUGAUCCCCCUGCUCAGGGAAAACCUCAGCACGGAAUAUGGUACCGGGAGGUCAUUGUGCUUGUUCAUGGAUUGCGGGCCUGAGAACCAUGACUCGAGCAGCUCGCGGCUCACGCGGUUGUCACCCCUUGCGAGGGUUUCGGCCUCUUGAAAUUUUAAAAUAUGACCGAGUCCCGUCGUGUGUGCCGCCACCUGAGAGCUAGCGUCUCCCCGCCUCACUGCUGCUGCAUGCUUGGCAAUUCGCGUACCGACUAAUAUCCUACUUUCUCCGACAUAGUUGCUUUGUCCGCAACUACACCAAAUCCAAUAAACGACUCCAGACGUUUCUUGCCGUGGCAGCGGGUCUUUUGGCCUCAUGACCUGGCGCCUGAUGGUUGCUUCCAGCCUGUGUGCGGUCACAAAGUGGAGUGAGAAGACGACUGACGGCUUCUGAGACGUUAUUUGCGUACGAAAGUGUCCGCAAAAAUUUGGGGCCGGUUGGAUUUUGACUGCUGUCCUUUUCGUAUGCACUGGUUGACAAAGUUGUCCGGGUAACCAUUGGCUCUCAUUACCCGUCGAGGAUAUUGAAAUUCACCAACCUUGUCUUCCAUUUGACUGCAGUGCGUCUCAAUGCGCCGGUAUUGCGUCCUUACGCAAUUGCAUUUGUGCCUGAUCGCGUGGUUGCUAUUGAAAUUCAGUACUUGCAUCUUCUUUGUCGUCUUCCUAAACACUUUGGUUUUUAGGCCACCACCCUCUUUGCGGCAGACGAGGACAUCCAGGAAGGCAACCUAGUUGUUUUCCUCCUCCUCCUUCUCCUCCAUCAUAAAUUGAAUGUCCGGGAAGACGGCGUUGAGAUGAUCUUUGAAUGUCAGCACCUGAUCCCGUUCGAUGACGACGGUGUCAUCUACAUACCGAGCCCAAAAUUUCGGUCUGUGGUGUCGGAAAACCAGCAACUCUAG